UGCUGUGUAUAUCCCGACGUAUUUAAAUUUACCCGCCGGUGCUCAAUCUUGUACAUCGUCGCCUUGGGACUCGAACACAAAGGCUGUGCAGCCACCCAGGAUAGAACAUCCCCUCGUGGCGAAAGCGCCUCCACACUCUACUGAGAGAUUCAUUCGUCGAUGGCAGUUACAUUUUUACUCGGAAUUUUACACAACAUCGAAUACGUCGGACCUAGCAGCACAUGUCCUCUCAGCCAUGACUCUUUCAUCCACGUGCUGUUCGUGUACAAGUCUAAUGUUACAUUUUGUACUUCGCAAAGCGCUGAUCUCCACGACCAUUCUCAGUCCAAAAACGGCAGCUGCCAACUGAUAUGA